AUGACGACAAAAGUACGAUUUCAUUCGUUGUUUUCCAGUACGGUUAAUCUUGUUCCACCAGCUGACAAUGUAGAAUUCGGUCGCAAUACUAUGUGUCAUUUUUUAUCGUCAUUUUUUCGAAGUCUAACGCGAGUCACUGACGUUCAACAGGAGAAAUUUUUCAAUUCAAUCAAUCAAAUUGUUAUCAAUACACCAAGCGUCUUUGUUACAGAUGCUGAUAAACAACAUACUCUUGAUGCUAUUCGAACAACUAAUUCCUAUUAUUUCGAUGUUUACAUAGUUUCAUUACUCGUUUGGACAUUGUCAUCGAAGAAGUUCAACUCGAUACAAGAAAAUACCAUCGGUGUCCUUGCGAAUCUCUAUGGUGAACUAUCACUUCGUUGGCCUGCACUCUUUCGAAUAUUUAUAAAUGAAUUGAUCGAUACAUUGAAUGAUACAAUUAAAUAUGACGUGGAAUUCAUUGAAGAAGGAAUUCAUCAACCCAAACGCCUCUAUCGCUUUCUUGUUCCGGAACAAGUUGCCACAUCAUUGUCAAAUAAUGUGACGAUCGAACGAUGCGUUAUUGAAUUCACUUGUUCAGACGAUAUUAGCAGUUUCCAAUUAAACUUAAUAUCAGUAUUUAAACAUCUUGCGAGUACGCUUUCGACGCUAUCAGAUCGACAAACAAUCUCACAUCUUAUUGGAACAACAUGUGAACUGAUACGCACCGCUGAUCUACAUGUGAAAUCGGCAACAUGUCGAUUUUUUUCUUCUUUUAUUCAACACCGUUCAUUAGGAUUAUUAUCUACUGAUUUGACACCUCAUGUUCAUUUUGCGAUUUCGGAUAUACUUUUAACCAUCAUGAAUUUCAUUCAUACCGAACCAAAACAUUCGCUUCAACUUGAACAAGAUUUCUCGUACUUAAUCCAAACGAUAUGUCAAAAUCACGCCGAAGCAAUUGACUUUUUUUCCGAACAUAUCGGUUUUGUUAUACCUCGACUCAAAGAUCUACUUAUUCACAUUAGCAUCGCAAGCAAAGCAGAUAUUGAAUUUCAAAUCAAUAGUAGACCAUUAAGACUGUUUGGUGAAGUUCAAAGUGAAGGUUAUCUCGAACAGUUUUCUAUCUGGUUAGCAAUCUUAUUCGAAUGCGGUCAAAGAGAUGUCGGAACCAGUUCUAUACUUGUUGCACAUGCCUAUGAAAUCAUCGAACAUCUAUUGACGAAUCUGGAUGAGUGUCUAUUAGCAAAAUAUUUAAAUCAUGCAUUAGGUAAAGGAAUUGUUUGGUUGAUUCAAGAGAAGCAUCGUUCUUCUCAGCAAUCAUUUCGAGUGCGACGAAUACGAUUAUUGAAAACAAUCUGGCAGCAUUUGAAGACAACCUUAGAAAAGAGUACAUUCAACAGCGAAGAGGAUGCUUUGCAACGCGUUUUUAAUGUUUACUGUUUAAUAACCUCAGUUUGUCAAGCUUUUAUUGGAUGUCAGAUACGCCAGAUUAAAUUAGAAUUAGCAGAAGAAAACGAUUUUUAUGCGUCUUGGUUAACGAUCGACGAAAUAAGUUCAAUCUAUGGUUAUCUUAUCAAUACACUUGUCUAUCUAGUCAAUAGUGUGACUGUUGGAUUAUUUUCUCUUGCAUACGAGUAUAUUCUUGCCACCAUGGUUGCAACGUCAGUUUAUAUCUCAGAUCAAUUACAUCCUCGUCUACGGGAGGAUAUUUUAUCAAUUCUAUGUCUUUCUUGGUUAUCAUCACUUCCAAACUGGUACGACUUCCAGCCUAAACCAGAUACUUGUAAAAUAACUCAACAACUGGCUCAAACAUUCCAAUCGAAAUUCAAUCAACACGACCGAUUAAUAUCACUAAAAUGUUUAGCGCUACUUAACGUACAAUUCUACCCGCAAUUGCGUCUUCACAUCUUUUCCUCAUGCCUUCAAGAUUCGGAUAUCAAUACACAAAUCAUGGCAUUGCAAGUUCUACCGAUGGUGCAACAUAAUCUACAAACAACAUCUUUCCUAUCGAUAUUCUACACAAAAUACUGUACCAAGGACAUUGACGAACGUCUUCGACCUGCAGUAAUGGAUAUUUGGCGUUUGCACCGAUGUCUAUGCGAUACAGACACAAAUGCAAUUCAGCUAAAGAUUCAUGAUCAUUUCAAUCAACUGGUUUUUCCAUCAUUUCAAUUGAUUUGUACUGCUUGCUCACCACAUAAUGAUCACUGUUACAUUCGUAAACAUGAAGCAAUAUCGAUUUCUCACUCGACGUCCUUUUCUCUCACGAACAUACUUCCAAUAUUUCAUCUGUUCAAUCAGACAACAAUCCCAUGUAAUUAUCUGAAUUUAAUCGCUUUCUUCCAAACAUUCGAUUCUCAUCCGGUAUUUAUUCGUCCUCUACACGAUUCAGAUAAAAACUUCCUUCAACUAAAAUCUCUUUUCAAUUCUUACCUCAGUCAAAACAAUCAGGAACGUUUAUGUCUGUUAACGAUAAUGCCUUAUCUAUUCAAAACCAUAUUUCUCUCCGGUCAUCGUCAAUGGGAGAGUUCAGUUAAUGAUCAUCUUGAUCAAUUUCUAUUCGAUACAUUAACACAACUAAACAACGAUGCUAUUCGACAAGCUGCCAACCAUCACGAUGAUGAUUACAGUCGUUUAAUCCAUCUUUGUGGUUUGAUCGCACGACGUACAUGCAACGAAGACAUCUUUGUCUUCGUCUUAUUCAUAUUAAUCAACGGGUUAGCAACAUCGUUUCAACAUACUGCACAAAUCGAAUUGAUGAAUAUUGCCAAAGAUGAAUACCUACAAACUCAUACGAAAUCGUCAUUAACAACAAAUAAAAACCUUCGUACAUUAAAUGAAAAAAUCGAUCUUACAUCGAUCGUCCAGCAACAUACCGACAGUUUAUAUCGGUUGAUAUCUCAAUCGUUGUUAUUGAAUUCUGAACAACCAUCGGACAUAUGUUUACGUCAUUUACAUUUGUUAUUUAGUAUGAUGCAGCACAACGGAAGUUCAUUCAAUACAUAUUUGAAACGUAUUCUUCCCGAUUUACUACCGUGGAUUGUUGAAGAGCGUUCAUUGAACGCCAGUCGAGUCGUUCAACAUAUUCGCACAGCGGUGAAAAUGUCGAAAAAGAAAGUCAUUUUCGAUGCAUUCCCUGCAAUCUACUCUCACGUGUGGAGACAUGUACGUCUUGAAAAUGUCAAUCCGAACAAUGGAGAUUAUUCAGUCAAUCGUGUCUAUGAAGUCAAUGAAUUUAUUGAACAAGAAGCCGGAGCAGAUCUAGCAGCUGUAUUUCGAUUCGGUGGUCCGCCAAUUUUUAGUAAAUUAUUACUUUACAUCAGUACACAUCCGGAACAUGUGAUGAGAGGUUUACAAAUGGCUGUGGGGAUCUUGGAUGGGAUUGUAUUGACACCCGAUAAAGAUUAUUCUCAAGUUGUUUCCAAAAAACAAGUUUAUAAAGCAUUACAAUCGAAACUAUUAGGAAUUCUAUGUGAUUUUGAAACGGAAUUACUGUCAACUAGUACGCCGUUACAUUCGAAGAAACGCGUUCUAUUGAGUUUAACUGAAGUAUUGAAAAUCAUGGAUCCGGCUCAGAUCGUUGCUACACGUGUCAAACUUCUCCGAUCUCUUCGUUUGGCUCUACAAUGUUCGUCGGAACUAAGUUUAAUUGUGUUCAAUCUUUGGCAAGAGUUCAUUCAUCAUUUACGCACCAAUCUCGAUAUCCUCUCGUCAAUGAUCUUACAGUUAAUUGCUUCAUUAUUGCCGUUACAUACGAUCAAUGCUGAACAUUUUCAAGAAUUGAUUCUUCUCAUGUUAAGCUAUAUUUCAAAUAGUCAAAUAGCUCUGAUCACUGAUGAUUUGUUGUUAAUUCCACAGUUAAGUCAAACAGACAAAAUCAGAACCAAACUAAUCAAAUGUCAAAAACAACAUGCUGAACUUGACGACAACCAAACGAAGUUGAAAAAUGACGAACGUUCAUUGUUAGGAAACAAAUUCCAACGUUUAAUAACGCUGCUCAACUUCGAUAUGGUCGAUAUUCGUAUUCAUGCAUUGAAUAGUUUACAAAAUCUUUUGAAAACGAAUCGACCUCAUCUCUUGCAGAUGUGUUUAUCUCGUGAUACUGUUCCUUCAAUCAUCACUCGGCUGAUUCUAACAUUACUUGAACGCUCGAACGAUUCCAAUCAAAACAUUCGUGUUACAGCUAUCGAUUGUCUCGGAGAAAUUGGAGCUAUCGAUCCUGGUCGAAUCGAAUUUCGCAAAUUAUACUCGAAAACUGCCACGUCAACAUCGUUGAUCAAUCGUUUAUUAUCUAAUUCGAAUUCCGAAAUCAACACCGAUGAGCUGAAACGUUCUUAUUUUAAUUUACAUUCGCAAGAAUUUGCGCUGGAAUUAUUCGCUGAAUUAACACGAGCUUUUCUCGCUGCUGAUCAAGUCCGACAACAGGAUACCAUCUCCUAUGCGAUCCAAGAAUGCUUGAAAUUCUACAAUUUAAAUCUGUCCGAUGAUAAUGAGAAAGUGAAGGUCAAUCAACAAUUGUGGCCGAAAUUAAACCAAGAACAGCAGGAUUUAUUCAAACCACUACGAACAUCGAAAUAUGUUUUAACGGAUGAAACCAAUCUGAACAAAAACAAAUCGCAAGAAGCGAUUCUGAAACAAUCGCCUAUUCGAACGUACGAGCAAUGGCUAACACAAUAUGUUCCUUAUUUGAUUCAACAUUUACCGACAAAUAACUACUAUCAUUUAUUUCAUGCGUGUCUGUUUGCUGUGCGAUUCAAUAGUUCAAUUGGUUCAUUCUUAUUGCCGUAUAUUGUCUUACAUUUAAUUGGUGAAAAUCUUGGCCAAGAAGUGUUGGAUAAAGAAAUCAAAGCAUUGAUAUUUUAUACAAAUCAGUACGAUUCGAAUGAAACUAAUCCACCCUCGGAUGUGCUUCAUCAAAUUGCACAAAUUAUAUUUACCUUAAUCGAUUUUCUUCUGUUAUUUUCUUCACUGAAUGCCAUCGAUCCGAAUGAACAGGCGAAACAGGCAAAUCAACGUAAACGCCAACAGGUUCAACAAGUGACUAAUCCUGAUCCAUUGAAUAUCCAGGAUGGAACUUGGAAUAAUCUAGGCAUUGUUCGAAUACGUGAUUAUAUUCGUCUCUUACACACGGAUCUAUCACUUGCUCGAAUUGCUUUUAAAUAUGAUCAUUAUACUCGUGCCUACCGUCAUUUCGAGAUGUAUUCGUCAAGCGAUCAACAAAUCAAUGUUUCCCUUUACAGUGAACUCCUUUUAAAACUUUUCCAUCGAUUGAACGACCAGGAUUCAGCGUACGGAAUCAUUGGCAUACGUGAUAUGACACCCAAACGAUUGGAUGAGCCGCGAACAGAUAUUUACGAGGAAAUUCUUUCAUAUGAACUCACUGGACAAAUCGAUGAAGCAAUUGUUGCUUAUGAAAAUGUUCUAGAAAUCAAUGAAUUAAACCAAACAAAUAUACAUUUAUAUCUCGGCUAUUUAAAUAAUUUGUUAACACAACAACAAUUGCAGCAUACAAUUGAUCAAGCAACAGGUAUCAUUGUGCAGUAUCCAACAUGGAUCAAUAUGUUGAAUCCGUUGCGUAUUGAAGCUGCAUGGAAACUAUCGAAAUGGAAUCUAUUAGAAAAAUUCUGUUCGUACCAGGAAGAAACAUAUCAUUCAAAUCAAGUCGAGCAGACGGAUGAAAGUUCGAAAAUGAACAUUCUUCAUGAUUUGAACGUUUCCAAACAAUUUGAAGAAUAUCUUGGACGAAUUCUCAGUCAAGCGAAAAAACAAAAUCGUGAAGGUUUCUCAUCCGAAUUUCGUCUAGCAUUAAAUUCUCUCAUGGGGCCCAUAUCAGCAGCCAGUAUGGAAGUUGGCUCGUAUCAACGCGCCUACGAUUACCUAGCCAAACUACAUUUACUUAAAGAUCUAGAAUUCUAUGUCUUAAGGAAUAUCUUUAACGAUGACACCUCAAUUAUGAUCAUUGACAAUGACAAUAUCGACGAUUUCUGGUCACAAAGGCAUGCAUUAUUACCGCCGAAUAGUAAAUUUAUUGAACCAUCGUUAGCCCUACGACGAACAUUACUCUUGUUGGAUGAUAACAACGACCGUAAACAACAUGCCUUAGAAAUCGGUGAAUGCUGGUUGCAUAGUGCACGGAUAGCACGUGCACAGAAUAAUUCCUUGGCAGCAAUUGGAUCUCUGAUGAAAGCAAAUCAAUCGCAUCCCAUCGAAGUUGCGAUUGAACGUGCACAAUGGAUGUGGGACAAAGGAGAAAAAGAUCGAGCAAUCAUGAGUUUAAAACAGAAGAAAAUUGAAUUGCUAGAUACGAGAAACGACGGAAAUCAAACGGAAAAUCGAUUGCCAGUUUCAGCCGAUUUAAAAGCUCAGUUAUGGUUAUUGUUAGCUCGUUACAGUGAGCAAAAUUCUCCACACGAAGCUGUUUUUGAAAUGUAUAAACAUGCACAGGAAGCAGCUCCACAUUGGGAAGAAACACAUUUUUACUUAGCACAAUUCUAUGAUACUUUACUUUCAUCGUGUAUUGAAUCCGAUUCAACAUCAUCAACUUCGAAUUCAACAACAACGACAAACAAUUUUCUCUCGUCCAAUGGACUUACAUUAGAGAAUAAGCUACGUAUGAUGGAAUAUAUUCGCCUAGCUGUGAAUACAUAUUGUCGUUCGUUAAAAUAUGGUUGUGAAUUUAUUUAUCAAUCCUUAACACGUUUGUUAACCAUGUGGCUUGAUUUUGCCUCUGAUCUUGUACCGUUUAUUAAACCCCCACAAGCAAAUGCAUCUCGCAAGCAACCAUCGACGGCCGGACCAGCCGCGAAUCUGCCCGAUGCCGCACAAAUCAAACAACAUGGCCAAGCAAAAUUAACUGAAAUAACACGUGAAGUCUCCUCAUGGACAACUCGUAUACCGCCAUAUUUAUUUCUUGCUGCAUUUCCUUACAUGGUCUCUCGUAUAUGCCAUAGCGAAGACAUGACAUCGAAAGCAUUAAACUCCAUCAUUACUCAAGUAUUUGCUGCUUUUCCCCAACAAACACUAUGGAUGAUGAUAAAUUUGUACGGUUCAUCAAAUACGAUGCGACGUGAUCGUUGUAUCGCUAUUUGGAAUGAAGCAUCAACGAUCGAGCCUGGUUUACACGAUUUUGUUAUACAAGCAACCGUACUUAUCAAACAAUUAGAUACAUUAUGUAUGCAUGCUGUGACAUAUGGACAAAAUAAAAUAAGUCUCUCUGCACAAUUUAAAUCAUUUAAACGCUCGUAUGCAAGUGACACAGCCUGUCCAAUACUUAUACCAAUCCAAUCUCAAAUGCAAGUUUGUUUACCACCGCCACCCGUUCGAUUCUCAUUGUCGACAACAGCUGCACACGUUCAACAGCAUGCACUGAAUGCUGAUUUAUCAUCGGAUGCAGCAGUUAAACUAACAGCUAUGGCGAAUAAACAGGGUCAACUUGGUCGCACAACUGCAAGAAAGAAUGCUCAAGCUGCAGCAACAACGACAGCAACAAAAGUUCAACAGAAAACCUAUUAUGAUGCAAGGCAUCAACCAUUUCCUGAUGCUGUUGUUACUAUCCUUAGUUUCGACGAUACUAUUGAUGUAUUAUCAUCUCUUCAACGACCAAAGAAAAUUGUUAUACGAGGUAGUGAUGGACAAGCAUAUCCAUUUUUAUGUAAAUCACAAGACGAUCUACGAGUCGAUUCACGUUGUCUCGAUUUUUGUCAUUUAUUCAACAAAUGUCUGAAGAAGAACAGUGAAACACGUCGUCGUCAAUUAAAUAUUCGAACCUAUGCUGUCUAUCCAAUCAAUGAACGAUGCGGUCUCAUUGAAUGGCUGCCUAAUUUGUGUACAUUUCGUUCAUUGGUGACAAAAUUCUAUCGACAACGAAGUUCAAAUUUCUCGGAAGUAUCCAAUCGUGAAAUCAAAGUUUACGGCAAUAGUAAAGAUAAAACAAAAGAAGCACGAUAUAAUGACUUUCUUAAACUAUUGGCCUUCCAUCAACCAGCGGUAUUUCAUCAGUAUUUCUUUGCUGCCUAUCCUGAUCCAAAUCGUUGGUACAUCACCCGAAUGAAUUUCGUUCGUUCCACAGCUGUCAUGUCCAUGAUUGGCUAUAUAAUGGGUUUGGGUGAUCGGCAUUGUGAAAAUAUUCUUAUUGACACAUGUACAGGGGAAACAGUUCAUGUCGAUUUCAAUUGUCUAUUCAAUAAAGGUUUAACGUUUGAAAUUCCUGAGAAAGUUCCAUUUCGUCUGACACAUAAUAUCGUCGAUGGAAUGGGCACAUUGGGUGUUGAAGGUGUUUUUCGUAAAACAUGUGAAAUUAUUCUACAUCUGAUACGAGAUGAACGUGAACUACUCGUAUCAGUUUUGAAAACAUUUAUUUAUGAUCCUUUAGUUGAAUGGAAGUCAGCUACAAGGGAAGAAGUUGCGAUUAUGAAAAAACAACAAAUUGAAGGCGGUGAAGUUGUGAAUAUGAAGGCUCAAACACAUGUUAGAAAUAUCUUGGAACGUGUUCGUGGGUACUGUACAGAUGAAUUGACUGGAAAACGUGUGGUAUUACCCUUAUCGGUUGAAGGACAAGUUGAUCAUCUAAUUCAACAAGCCACUAGUAACGAAUUAUUAUGUCAGAUGUUCAUCGGCUGGGCUGCUUAUUUGUGA